UGAACUGAACGGCAGUUUGAAAUCCGAACUCGCUCUGAUCAAAAGGCAAAAAUACGUCGUCUCGCGGUGUACGUAUCUUUUUCGCUGAAUGCGGCAGAUAUGCAUACGGUUGAUUGUGUGCUGAAGUGAAAAAGUGAUAUUUACGUGCUUCUCGUAUAUUUUCAGUGAAAAGUUCAACCAUAUUUCAUAAAAAAUCGAUAUUAAGUGAGUGAUUUGCUAUCAGUGAAAGAUUUAAAAUACAGAAAAGGCCGAUUUUACGUUCCCGGAAGUGUGUGGAGUCGCAGAAAUUUGCUAACUUUUUUCUUCUCGUUUUUCCUACACGGUGGAACACUGAUCAGACCCGAGCCUGCAGAGAAAUUUUUGCUAAAAAAUGGCCGUGAACGUGUACUCCACUAAUGUAACCACAGACAACCUAUCCCGGCAUGAUAUGCUCUCGUGGGUCAACGAUUGCCUUCGGUCGCAGUUCACGAAAAUCGAAGAGCUAUGUACGGGUGCCGCCUACUGUCAGUAUAUGGAUAUGCUCUUUCCAGGCUCAGUGCCAAUGAAACGUAUUAAAUUUCGUACGAACCUCGAACACGAGUACAUUCAGAACUUCAAAAUCCUGCAGGCGGCUUUCAAGAAGAUGAACGUUGAUAAGGUCAUCCCAGUGGAUAAGCUGAUAAAAGGACGUUUUCAGGAUAACUUUGAAUUCCUACAGUGGUUCAAAAAGUUCUUUGAUGCGAAUUACGAUGGUCGAGAGUAUGAUGCGUUGGAAGCGCGGUUUGGAAUCCAGCUCGGAUCGGGUGCCAUCCAGAACGAACUGGGCGUCGGUGAGCUACCGAAACGACACAUUCAAGCGCCAAAAUCGCAGAAAUAUCCCACUCACCACGUCACUUCCACUGUGUCCAAAGUCACACCCAGUAGACCGGUGGCGCAGACAGUCAGCAGACCAACGGGUGGCCUGUCCUCUACCGCUAAUGCCAGCAAAUCCUCCUCGCAGAACAGCGUAUCGAACCAGCAGGUUGAAGAGCUCACCACGCAAGUGAUGGACAUGCGGUUACACCUGGAAGGACUGGAGAAGGAGCGUGACUUCUAUUUUAGCAAGCUGAGAGACAUUGAAAUUCUCUGCCAAGAAGAUGAACAGAACGAGGUUCCGAACUCGCUGAUCCAAAGAAUCUUGAACAUUCUGUAUGCGACGGAGGAUGGCUUUGCUCCUCCGGAUGAUGUCCCCCCAGAGGAAGAAGAAUACUAAAAACCAUGCGUCACUUGCGCACUGACGGUUUUGGCGAACACUCACACGCUCUUGUGGCCUCGAUCGGGAUCCCUGCAGAACACAGUCGUCAUCCAUUCACAAUUUUCCUAAAUAGAACCUUACUACGUUUACUAUUUUCUUCGAGCUGUACGCCAGAUGCUCUGGAACAGGUAAAAAUCAACGUUCGGUAAGAAACGAGGGACAUUUUAUAUAAAUUUCAGCUGCUUUAUGUCGUACUUUAUCAAUUGUGAAAAUCUGAUCUAAUUUGACAGUGAUCAAAAGUUGCAUACGGCAAGCUGAAAUUUCUUAAACUUAUGAAAAUGUCACUCUCAGUUACCGAAUGUAUAGUGUACUAGCGCAAAGAGAUGAUGGCCGACUACUAAAAUCGACUGAUGGCGACGACGGUCGUGUGUGCGGACGGCCAAACAAGACACAGUAAGAAAGAAGCGAAAGCUGUAAUUUAACCUUAUGAGAGAAGAAGAUUGCAGUAGUGAUGAUGAGGUUUUGUUUCUUUUGUAUUUAAAAUAAUUCAUUAUUAUAAAUAACUAUUAUGAAUGUGACUAAUCAGAGCAGUUUUUUUUUUGGUGAGCAAAUGAUAAGAAAGGAAGCGUGUAUCAAAUAUGAUGUAGUUAAAAUAUGAACUUAUACUUUUUCGAAAUUGCGAUUCUAUGAACAACAAAACAAGUAUUCAAUCUACACAUAUAUAUUUACGCAAAAUGAAAAAAAAAGAUCUAACAGAAUUACCGCAUAAAAGAUUUCGUUCAAGCAUUUUUGUGUCCAAUAGCAGAGUGUAUUGUUUGUAAUUGUAGUAUUGGAAGCAUUUUUCGGAAGGAUGUAAAUCGACUGUUUUAAUCCUAGUGUAUUGUUAUGCAUUUCGCCUCGUAUAAUCUAUGCAUCAAU